AUGGAUAUAGAUACAUUUGAAUUUGAGUUAAUUGAUCUUCAUUCCUGUAAUACGUGGAAACAAAAAUUCAUUGACUUAAGACAACGAAUCGAAGAAAUAGAAAUCAACCGUCUUCAAGCAAACGUGGUAAAAAAUGCAGAUACUGAAAUUCAUAAAGUCAGGAAUUCGCUUCCAAACUCAUUUAAUACAUUAAAAAAAGUUGCUCAAUCUAUCCUAUCCAUUUUUUCGUCAACUUAUGUUUGUGAAAGUUUAUUCUCCAUAAUGAAUUUAAUAAAAGCGAAGCACAGAAAUACAUUAAUCGAUGAAACUAGUGCUGCUUGUGUUUUACUGAAAACUACCAACUAUACUCCAGAUAUUAAAAUGUUAUCUUCUAAAAAUAACAACAGUAAUCACAUUAAUAAAUGA